UAUCAUCAUUCAUCAAUGGGACAGGGCCAAGAGGAGAAGAUCCGACCACAACCCCAAAUUGAAAUUCAGGUUCUUCUUUUCUUUCUUUCUUUCUACUAUACUAUCUCUCUUUACAUUUUGAUUGAAAUUCAGGUUCCUCUUUUCUUUCUUUCUUUCUACUAUACUAUCUCUCUUUACAUUUCAUUCUCAACUAGUCAAAAAUACGCACGCACGCAGGAAAGGGGAGAGAUAUAUUUCUUCUACCGCCCUAAGGUUAGCAAGGAAGAAGCUCACAGUGCUGAUGACGUCCAGCGACUCUACAUCAUCAUGCGACCUGAGUCUGGUGAGAGGCCGGUGGAAGUGAAGCAAGAAGACAAUUCCAAGUCCAACAACAACGGUGCCGGUGCCAGUGCCACCCAGGUGGAAGUAAACAUUGAAAAUCAACCACUGUUUCGUUUUAUUGUAAUGGGAAGGAAAAAGCUACCUGAUCCCAAGGAGAAAAGUCGACCUUAUUGGGGUUUUGUUGAAAUGGUUACCACUAAUGCAGACCAUGUCAAGAAUGCUCUUAGAGGAGGGGACUAUGAAACUUCAACUAAAGGACAUAGACAUAAUAGUGAUGCUAGAGCCUUGGGAGAAGGCAUAUACCGCAUAUUAAGACACAAACAGGAGGAUGGGAAAAAAACAAGUCACACUCAUUUGAUCUACAAGCUUGAAUUUCCAGGUGAAGGUGAGAAGAACGAACCUCAACAAGAACUCAACAUUGAACGUGAGGGAUCAUUCAUAAUUCAAAUCAAGAAUCCGGAAAAAGGUGGAGCUGGUUUGCAAAAGAAACGCAAGGCGGUGUUCCCUGCUCAUCUUCAAGGAGAACUGGGGCAUGUUAGAUUUGGGCCAGCUGACCCGCCUGACUUUCUCAACUAUGAAGGAUGUGAGUUUUUGCUUAUAUCUGCUUCUGAUGAUAUUGAAGACGAGUUGGGUCUGAAGCUUGUGACUGAGUCCUGUUCUGAUCUCCUCAACACUUUUAAAUUUGAAGAUGAUGAUGUUUCUGUUACUCCCUUUCUAAAGGGAAUUUGGGUCUGAAAUCAAAUCUAAAUAGUAUUAGUAGCUAUAUAUAACUAUUACAUGCAUGUCUAUAUAUCUUUUGUAAAUUGUUGGAACAUGCUACGGAAAUUACUAUGGACUGGCUUUUCUUUUUUUUUUAACAA